CUUGUCUGACUCAGUUGGUGCCUGUGUUUGGAUUCUCCUCAGUGAGAAGCAGAUGAGGUGAUAAACGGCAACUCUACAUCAAUUUCAAGCGUCCGGACCCUCUAACCAGGACAAACAGAGCUCAAGAGCACCGUCUUUUGGCAGAACAGAAAACACCCUGCAGGGAUUCUGGGGGAUUAAGCUGCAUCAACUUCAUGUAAUCUCUCCUUUUAUUGAAGGAGCUCAGACAUUUUGCUGUGCGUCUUUUUUCUUUGUACUUGGACAAAUUCAUCACAGCUCUGCCAAAAGCAUGUCAACAAAAAGGACUUUAUAGCCACUGACUGCAGUCAGAAUAGAAGAAAAGCAACAUAAAUCAUGGAGGCUUUAAGUUCUGCUCACGCAGGGACUCCCCCCUCUACACCCAUCUUCCCCACCGCCCCUACUGCCUCCUCUCCCAGCUACCUGCAGUUCUUCUGGGAGUACCAGGACAACUCAGUCCUUGUGCAGCAUUACAACUACACCGGCAAGCUGCAGAAAGACCGCUACCGCGAAGGACUCAAACCUGAGGGCAUUGCGUUCCUGGUGGUGUGUCUCCUCAUCGUCCUGGAGAACGCCGUGGUUCUCAUCGCCAUUUGGAGGAACAAGAAGUUCCACCUGCCCAUGUAUUACCUGCUGGGCAACCUGACUCUAUCUGAUCUGCUGGCCGGGGUUACGUAUAUGGCCAACAUCAUCAUGUCCGGAUCCAAUACUUUGAAACUGACGCCGUUGCUAUGGUUCCUCAGGGAGGGAGGGGUCUUCAUCACUCUGGCUGCCUCCAUCAUUAGUCUGCUGGCCAUUGCAAUUGAACGCCAUGUUACCAUGGUGACCAUGAGGCCAUACCACGGGGCGAAGCGGGGACGGAUGUUGGCCCUGAUUGGUGCAAGUUGGGCCCUGGCAGUGUUUUUGGGGGUCCUCCCGAUUUUGGGGUGGAACUGCAUCCGCAGACUGGACCAGUGUUCAACAGUCCUCCCGCUUUAUGCCAAGAGCUACAUCCUCUGCUGCGUGUCUGUGUUCAUCGCAGUGCUCCUGGCCAUCGUGGUCCUCUACGCCAGAGUUUUUCGCAUCGUCCGCACCAACACGCAGCGCCAGCGGCUGGGCCUAUCGGGCAGCAUGAGGAAGGGCUUGGCGAGGAAGUCGGAGAAGUACAUCGCCCUCCUCAAGACAGUCACCAUCGUGCUAGGCGUCUUCAUCGCCUGUUGGCUGCCCCUCUUCGUCCUCCUCCUCCUGGAUUUUUUCUGCCCCACCCGCAGUUGUCGCCUGCUCUACAAGGCCGAUUACUUCCUGGGAGUAGCUAUGGUCAACUCGCUCCUCAACCCAAUCAUCUAUACUCUGACCAGUAAGGACAUGAGGAGAGCCAUUCUGAGGCUGCUCUGUCGGCCGUGUCUGAUGACCCGAGAUGGCCAUGUGAAGAAGAUUGGGAUGCCAUUCCUGGAGUGCAGUUUUAGUAAAUCUGAGGUGACAUCCCAGAAGUUAGAGGGGGGAAUGGAGACGACCAUUUCCUCUGGGAAUGUUAUCACCACCCCAUCUCCUAAGGCCCUUUACCCCAAACUCUUCAAGUCAUAAAGACUGAGACUAACUGAUUGAGUCCAAGUGUGUGAACGGGUUUCCCCCCUGAACAGACAACAUGUAGCACAUCUUCUAUAGAGAGGAAGCAGCACUGGUAUUGUAAUUUUGGAGCAUUGCCAGAAACAGAGGAUGUAUGAAAUAUUAUGGAGGCACAAGAGAAUCUUGUUUGGACAGAUUGCUCACCUCAGAAGUGAUGCAGAACUUAAUUGUGAGCUGAUUACAAAACAAAAUGCCAUAAGGAUGCCACUCAAAUGUGAACAAACAAACACGCUUUUCUUUUUACAAGUAUGCUAGGGAUAAGUCUCCUGAACUAAUUUGCACUGAAAUAUCACAAUGAAUAGAGAAGCAGCCUCAGAUUCAAUUUUCCCGUGGUUCUACAGUUUGUGUCGAAGCCUGGAAGGAGACGUCUGUAAACCCAAAUGACUCUUAUGACUGAAAAAAAAUGUAAUUGCAACAUUUUCUGGGUUAAUGGCCUAUUUGAAUUGCCUUAAAUGCAGCACAAACACAUAUCAUGUGUGUAUUAUGUGCAUCUGCAGACACCUGGAUUUCGCUGGUUCGAAGGCCCACAGUUUGUCAGAUUUGUUAAGAUAAAAUUGUGCGAGGCACCCCUACACAUACAGUAUGUGAUGCGGGGAGACCGAGAGAUAACAAGAAAGAAAGAGAGAGACGGCGCUCACUCCUACAGCUCAGUGAAGAAUGCUGUGGCGUAGUUGUGGGAGGGGGACACAACAUUAAAAUCCCUCCCACUGUUUUGAAAUGACAGACGGUUAACCUAUCUGAUGCUGAGUGGAAAUUCAUUGAGGUUUGGUGUCCGAUGUCUUUAAAUGUCAGUUUGGCAUCUGCAGGAAAACUGCAACAGCAAUCUAAACAACCAAAUGUCAUCAUAUAAUGUAACGGAGGCUUUCUUUCCAUAAUGAAACUAUCAUGCUGAUAGUUUAACUGAAACCAGAUGAGCUGCAAUUGCAUCACUUGUAAGUAUAAGCCUAAAAAAGGAUUGCUUUAAUAAAUAUUUUAACUCGCAAACAAAGCAGUGGAUGUAAUUAAUCCUCAUGCAGCUGCAGGACUUUUAAGGGUAAAUAUUGUGCCUAAAUCAUACAGAACCAGUGCAAUUAUUCCAAUACUUCCCUUCACUAUCCAUCUUGUUAACAGAAUGUUUCCGGUUAUAGUUUAAGGUACGGAUUUUUCAUUAUUAUUAUUAUAAAUUAGUUUGACGUCGUUAUUUUUACACAGAUGUUUUUUUUAUUGCAGUCUUUCCGGACCAUAAUGGAUGAAUGAGGCAGUGUGUUUUCUUUUUUGUACUGUAACUCAUGUAGUGAACCUU